CUGGGUGCCCGGCGUGCUGCCACCACCGACCCCUUCCUGCCGCUGUCAGCCAAGGAGGCUGCGGCCAGCGAGGAGGGGCGGCAGCGCACUCUUACCACCCUCCUGGAGAAGGUGGAGGGCUGCCGUGACCUCCUGCCCGAAAGCCCCGGCAAGUACCUCGUAUACAACGGGGACCUGGUGGAGUACGACGCCGACCACAUGGCGCAGAUCCAGCGGGUGCACGCGUUCCUCAUGAACGACUGCCUGCUCGUGGCCACCGCCCUCCCCAACCCCCGUGGUGCCUACCGCUACGAUGCUCUCUACCCCCUCGACGGGCUGGCCGUGGUCAAUGUCAAGGACAACCCACCCAUGAAGGACAUGUUCAAGCUGCUCAUGUUCCCAGAGAGUCGCAUCUUCCAGGCCGAGAAUGCCAAGAUCAAGAAGGAGUGGCUGGGGGGGCUGGAGGGGACCAAGCGCAACCGGGCUCUCAGUGAGAAGCGACGCCUGGAGCAGGAGGCCCUACCCCGGCCUGCCCCGACACCCCCUGAAUCCACCAACCCCUUUGAGGAGGAUGAUGACGAGGAGAAGGAGGAAGAACCCUCUGCUGAGGAGGAGGUAGUCGACCUCUCACUUGAGUGGAUCCAGGAGCUGCCAGAGGACUUGGACGUCUGCAUCGCUCAGCGGGACUUUGAGGGGGCGGUGGACCUCUUGGAUAAACUCAACGAGUAUCUGGGGGACAAGCCCAUGAACCAGCCCGUAAAGGAGCUGCGAGCCAAGGUGGAUGAGCGUGUCCGACAGCUUACAGAUGUGCUGGUGUUUGAGCUCUCUCCAGACCGCUCACUGCGGGGAGGGCCACGGGCCACCCGCCGCGCCGUGUCCCAGCUCAUUCGCUUGGGCCAGUCCACCAAGGCGUGUGAGCUCUUCCUGAAGAACCGGGCGGCCGCGGUGCAGACGGCCAUCCGACAGCUGCGCAUUGAGGGCGCCACGCUGCUCUACAUCCACAAGCUCUGCCAUGUCUUCUUCACCAGCCUUCUAGAGACGGCGAGAGAGUUUGAGACAGACUUUGCAGGCAACAAUGGCUGCUACUCUGCCUUCGUGGUCUGGGCCCGCUCUUCUAUGAAGAUGUUUGUAGAUGCCUUCAGUAAGCAAGUAUUUGAUAGUAAAGAGAGCUUGUCCACUGCGGCAGAGUGCGUCAAGGUAGCUAAAGAGCACUGCAAGCAGCUUAGUGAGAUUGGACUGGAUCUCACCUUCAUCAUCCAUGCCCUCCUGGUGAAGGAUAUCAAAGGUGCUUUGCAGAGCUACAAGGAUAUCAUCAUUGAGGCCACCAAGCACCGCAACUCGGAGGAGAUGUGGAGAAAGAUGAACCUAAUGACUCCAGAGGCACUGGGGAAACUCAGGGAGGAGAUGAGGAGCUGUGGGGUAGGCAAUUUUGACCAAUACACAGGUGAUGACUGCUGGGUCAACCUUAGCUAUACUGUAGUAGCUUUCACUAAGCAGACUAUGGCUUUCUUGGAGGAAGCGUUAAAGCUUUACUUUCCAGAGCUGCAUAUGGUUCUUUUGGAGAGUCUUGUGGAAAUCAUCCUGGUGGCUGUCCAGCAUGUUGAUUACAGUUUACGGUGUGAACAGGACCCUGAGAAGAAAGCCUUCAUUAGGCAAAAUGCAUCCUUCCUGUAUGAAACUGUCCUUCCUGUCGUGGAAAAAAGAUUUGAGGAAGGAGUCGGAAAGCCAGCCAAGCAGCUACAGGAUCUGCGAAAUGCUUCAAGAUUGAUGCGUGUGAAUCCGGAAAGUACCACCUCCGUGGUGUGAAGUGACCUAACUGUUCACAUGAACACUUACUGAAAACACUGUACAUUGAAUAUAUGAACUAGAUGGUUUUCUUGAUUUCCCGAAAAAUGCAGAAGUCUAUCUGAAGACUUAAAAUCAAAGCCUUCAAGGAUACAAUGCUUUUCUUGGUGGAAUGGGGGUAGGGGAGCAAGAAGUAAGGUCGAGGUCACAUGUCCUUGGACACCAUAUCCUGUAAGAGUGGCUCGUGUAGUGUUUGUGGCUUGGGAAAUACCAUAAUAAACAAUUUUUGGCCAAAUGUUUGUGACAGGCUUAAAUAUAUGUACUCCAUGUGACAGGAAAAGA